AUGAAUGCUGCAAAUCUCGCAAAAUGUUUAAAAGGCAGACUCUCAAAAAUUGAUUUGGAAAAUUUGGCACGCAAAUGUGGUUUGACCAUUGCCCGGCACAACAAGACAUACGUGUCGAAUAAACUUUCUCAUCAUUUACUAGUAACAUAUCUUAAGGAACAGGUUGAUUGUGCAGAAAGAUUGCUGCUACAACCAGAUGAAAAACUGAAAUUAGGGUCGAUUGCCGGUAAACUUAACAAGGCAUCAGAAUCACAACUUGAAACCUAUAAAGUCGUUGGAUCUUCACUACCAAAAUCAAUUAUAUCAAUUGACGUAGGAAUCAAGAAUUUAGCAUAUGUCCACAUGACAUGCAGUGGUAAAAUUUUAGAUUGGAAGACUUUCUCUCUGAAUCUCGAAUCUUCUAAGCCAAAGGAUUUUAUCGAAAAAUUACUUCCUAUAGUACACCAGGUAUUUUUGCCAAAGCAAUUUUCAUCAAACUGUGAUGACAACCGGGAGACCGUUGACAUGUUUAUUAUUGAACGCCAAAGUUUUCGCCAGAAAGCAUCAGCCCAUCUGAUCAACGUAAUGAUUGUGGAAUCGAUGUUGUUUGCCCUCUUGAGUUACAAAAAUCAUAAGAAAGUACAAAGUAGCUCCCCCUUAGUUGUAAACGGGUAUUUGGAUAUGAUCAUGAGUAUAGAAGAUGAUAGCAUUAACAAAAAACAGCAUUAUCUGGAAGGAAUCGACAUCGCGCAUUGGUUACACGCUCAAGGGAAGAAAUCAGAAAUUAAAAAAUAUCUCAGAUCGCAUAAACGCACAAAGAAACUUUCCAAAUUACUAGUUGACUACUGGAUAAAAGAUCAUCCGAAUCUUUGUUCGGAGGAAUUUUCAAAAUAUUUUAGUGAGGCUGAAAAAAAGGAUGACCUCGCGGAUUGCUUCAUCCAAGGACUUGUCUACCUGAGCUGCAAAAGAUCUUCUAUACUGGAAGCUUACAGGUGGAUUCUCGAACAAUAG